UGCAUUCGCAGUUGCAUGCAAAUUUACGUGCAAAUCCACGAAGAGCCAUGGCAAUGCGUCAACUGGCAGGCCUUCUCUGGUUUAAUUUAAAUAAAAAACACUCGGUCGUGUUGCACUGCCAAGAGUGCGGAAUAUAUUUUCUGGCCCUCGCCUGAAACGUGAUGAUUGGGAAAUUUUAAAAAUAGAGAGGGAAACAAACACGGCGCAAGCAAACGACAUAUCAUUAUCGGAGUAUCCUUAUCUGUUUUUGUAAGAUGUUCGACAUUACAUGGCUGCCCACCGCCUGCGGCUCGCUGGCCCCGGCCCUCAUUCCGCCGGCCCACAUCGUCAUCUUGUGGUACUUCUGGGAGAACUAUGCCCGCUACGUGGACAGGCACUUCUGCACCUGCUCGUGCUGGGACACCGUCUUCAAGGGACCCUACGAGUCCGGAGUGGCCGCCUACAAGCAUAUGUACUUCAAUGCCACUCCCAAUAGCUUUAAGAUGUGGAUCCUGACUGUGUUCGCCGUGAUUGCCCUGUACGAGUGCAUCAAGCGGCUAAUCGCCCUGAUCCUGCAGCAGCGUGUGCGGUACUCGAUGCUCCUGCUCUUCCUGCUGUCCAUCUUCUCGCACUACUAUGCCUGGUGGGCGUACAUCAACUACUACAACGACGACUACUACAAUCAGUGGAAUCACCAGCUCUUCUUUACGGUGACUGAGCUUUUCUCCACCGUCCUGGUGAUGCAUCUGGCCAACGCGACAAACGUGGUCACGCCGAAGAAGGUAUUCUGUAUCGUUGGCAUCGCCCUGCUGCACAUUUUGGCCAGCAGUUUUGACCAGUUCUUUAUGAAUGUGGUGCGCGGCGAGGGAUAUGCCCACCAGAUAGUCCGCGACAUAGGAUUCAUGGUUCCGGAUUUGCUGCAACUUUUCGUGCCCGUUUGGCUGCUGAGACAGGCGCGGCGGGAGUGUUACACCACGCGACCGUUUCAUCGGGACAGGAAACUGCAUCGGGAUAUUGUGGCCAUGCUGUGCCUCGUGUCGCUGCUCUUUGUCAUCUGCACUGUUUUGUGAGAGCGGAUGCUGCUGGACGUCUACGAGGCGCGGCACGGCAAGAUUCAGCCCAUGCAGGACGCGGCGGUCCAGCUCCUGAACCGCUACCGCAUGCUGGCCAGCGGCAAUGUGCACAACUAAGGGCGACUCUGGCCUCCGGUGCGCGAAAAGAUGAUGUGUUGUGGUGGACAAUAGCGCCACUUACUGGCAGUAAGUGUGGAAUAUCCCGUAUUCCUGUAGAGUUUUGUAUGUUCAUUUACCGUUUGUGAUAGCUGUUUUUUGGUUUUUUGGGACGCGGAGAGUUGACGGCGAGCAUAUCGAUAAGGCGUACUUAUCAGCUAACCAUGGUACAUAAUCAAUACGACAAAUAGUAAUCUUCCAUUUAGAAGCGUUGACCGAUGUUGACCCAUAGUUGAACCUAGGUACAAUGUAGUGAAAUCCAAUCCUCUGGGAGUCCCAGAAUACGAAUACGAGUAGACACGGGUGUAGCCCCUAGACACAACGAUAAACCCAGUGGAUCAACCUUAUGUAAGGAUUAUCUUUUACGAUUCAAAACCAAUCCAAAUACGGAUCUUUCCAAUCUUUGAUGAGACGUAAUGUGCGUUUAAUGAACAUACAUAAAUUUUACUUCUUAGUUCCAGUUUUUAACCAUUUUUGAGACCGUAAAAACCCAUGUAUGUUUACUAAACGCUCUUUACUGAACCCGUUUGCGAACAUUUAGCGAGAUCUAAAUGGGUCUUCGAACUUUUUGCGAUAGUUUCCUUUUACUUUAGUCCUUUGGUCCACUGGGAACAUGCACACACGCGUGUAGAUUAGUUAUGGAACAACGACGCGGAUACUUAAUAAUGAUUAUGGAUUAUGGAUAGUGGAUUAUAGAUUAUGGAUAGUGGAUUAUAGAUUAUGGAUUGUGGAUUGUGCAGACCCACCCAGUGUUAUACUACCUUUAACGAGUUACAUCUGACUUAGACUGUUGUUAGAUAAUAACAAUAUUAUACAUGUGCUUCAUGGAAAACCAACAGAUAUUCCAGUACAUACUAUAUAGUAGAGAAGACAGCAAACAAAAUAACAAAAAACCAAAACCGUAGUAAUCAAAAUUAGUAUUAACCUAUAUUGUUACGAUUAACUUUACAAAGGAAAUCAAAAACAUGCAGAUUAUUAAUAUUUGGAAUAGCCUAUAUAAUUAUACAUACACACACAUAUAUAUAUAUAUAUUUUAGUAUACAAAAUUAUACUGAAUAAACCUUAAGAGACUGAAUA